GGUCGGCAACCCCUCAAACAGCUCUUGGCCGCCUUAUAUGAUCGACAGGGACCAUCGACGCCCAUCAGGAACGUUCACAGCCGAUGUCAACCUUCCUGGCGCAAGCUUCACUCGCUGCCUCCACGUUCGUUUCGUACACUGAACCGUCACACUCGCUCGUCAACUCGUUGCGCCUGGCUUGGUGUGAAAGCCUCGCCUCAGCAAAAUGAUCUUCACGAAGCUUAUGAGGGCGCUUGGGACCCUGUCUCUCGUCCACUUCGCAAUUGCAAAUGAAGGACAGGUUUUCGCAAGAGCCAACGAUACAAUCACUGCUUCUCCAGAACAGAGCCCUCCUCCAGUGCAGAGCCCUUCUCCAGUGCAGAGCCCUCCUCCAGUGCAGAGCCCUCCUCCAGUACAGAGCCCUCCUCCAGUGCAGAGCUCUCCCCCAGAGCAGAGUCCUCCUCCAGAGCAGAGUCCUUCCCCCGAGCAGAGUUCUUCCGCGGAUCUGAAUUCUUCGCAGGAUAAGAAUUCUCCCCAGAACCAAGACUCGGGGGUCCACAUAGAUAAUUAUCCGCUGCCAUGUACGACAACGAAGACAGUAAUUUGGUGGAAGACUAGCACUACGGUAACGACCAAGACGAAAACCAGCACGUAUUGGGUCUAUCCACCAACCGUAACUACAACAAUUCCGCCAAGCACAAUUACUGUCACGCAGACGACAACUUCCGCGACAACCGAAACGGACACUGAGACGGACACAACAACCACAACUGGCACACCAACAACCACAACCACAACGAAAACCACACCAACCACCACAACCACGACGGAAACCAGCCCGACAACCACGACGGCAACCAGCCCGACAACCACGACCACGACGAAGACUACGCCAACAACCACUACCACAACAGAAACCAAGUCUUCAUCGACAACCACAACUACAACGAAGACUACGCCAACAACCACUACCACAACAAAGACCACUCCGACGACUACGACUACGACGAAGACCACACCGACAACGACAACAACUUCGACAACCACGACAAAAACUACUCCGACGACCACAACUACAACGAAGACAACUCCGACGACUACGACAACGUCGACCACCACCACAAAGACGACACCAACUACCACGACCACGACGAAGACAACACCAACUACUACAACAACGUCGACCACGACUACAAAGACUACACCAACUACCACGACCACAACUAAAACCACGCCGACAACGACAACGACAUCGACGACCACGACAAAGACUACUCCAACGACCACGACAACAUCGACUACCACCACAAAGACUACGCCAACGACCACAACAACGUCGACUACCACCACAAAGACUACGCCAACGACCACAACAACGUCGACUACCACCACAAAGACCACACCAACUACCACUACCACAACGAAGACUACUCCGACGACUACAACAACGUCGACGACUACUACCAAAACUACUCCAACAACUACCACCACAACUAAAACCACGCCGACAACUACAACAACAUCGACUACGACAACGAAGACUACACCAACAACCACAACAACGUCGACCACUACCACGAAGACUACGCCAACAACCACAACCACAACUAAAACCACGCCGACGACCACAACAACGUCGACUACCACUACAAAGACUACACCUACGACUACGACGACCUCGACAACUACAACCAAGACUACGCCUACAACCACAACGACAACCAAGACUACUCCGACGACUACAACAACGUCAACGACUACAACCAAAACUACGCCAACAACCACUACUACCACCAAGACCACGCCCACGACAACAACCACAACGAAGACCACGCCCACAACCACAACCACCACGGAAACUACGCCGACAACCACGACAAAGACGACUCCGACAACGACAACUACGACGAGCGUCUCUAUUUCCCUCAUUACUAUCCCCACUACUACUUCUGUCCCCACUACUACCACGACAACAUUCACAACUACAAAUCUUGUUUCGGUAACGACGACGGGCAGCACUACCAUCUUUAGCACACAGACAUCGACUGUCACUACUGAGAUUACCACAUCGGUCCCGUCUCCCACAACAAUCAUCUCAACAACUACCUUGCUAAGUACUCUUCCGGGCUCCGUAACAACGCUACCGGGCUCCGUGACAACGCUGCCAGGCUCCGUCACUACACUACCAGGUUCUGUCACAACAUUGCCAGGCGGGUUUACAACAUUGCCUGGCUCUGUCACCACACUGCCGGGCUCUGUCACCACACUUCCGGGCUCCGUCACAACAGUAUCAUUGCAAGGCCCUGUGACGACGUUGCCAGGCAUCGUCAUUACCCUCCCUGCCUCUACGAUAGUCAGCUUUUCUACUUCUUUUAUCCCCCCAACUACCACCACCUUCACCCAAUCCGGGUCGGUUGUCACCUCGUUCUUGCCAGGGAUAAAGACUUCGUUCCCAGUCUCCAUCACACUUCCAGGCCUGACUACUACCAUUUCGACAACCAUAAUUGCCACCGUUUCGGUCUGCUCGGUUCCAUCUCCAUCCACCACGCCCUUUUCCAAAUCUACUCACUGGAAGAGGGGCGGCAAGGGUGGCAAGAAGGGCGGCAAGAAGGGCGGCAAGGGCGGCAAGGUCGAGCCACCGCCUCCACCGCCUCCACCUCCUCCGCCGCCUGCAACGACUGCACCGCCUGCACCGAUUGAAACCUCACCGAACCAGACUUGGGGAUGCAAUGCUGGAUCGGUGUGCAAUGUUCCAAAGCCCGAGAAGUGCAAUCUGUUUGGCGACUCGCCAAAAGACGACUACAAGUGUAACCCGAAGUACUGCAUCACGGCUCCUCUCUUCCCUUUCGUGGAAUGGCUGCCGAACAAGACGAGCUACUAUCCUCCGACAGAGGGAUACUUCAAUCUCGCUCCUCCUGCCUUUGGCUUGAGCUAUGACAUCUUUGCCGCAACCCAGCUUGUCACGACAGUCAACGGGCGCCCGACAACAGUCGUCACUGGCAACUGGGUUUCUCAGUCGAGUCUGACGCACUACCCGGCGCCGACCCCAACCGCGGCGUCAAAGAGGGAGAUAGUACGGCCGCGUGCCGAUCCGCCCACGCACCGCCUCUCCAAACGGGAUGAAACGAUAUGCCCAGCCGUAUGCUAUGACGUUUGUAACAACGCCUACAUAGAAGCCCAACGAGUCGGCAAGACUCCAGCACUGUGCGCACCGGAUUCGGCCUUCGAGUUUUACAACGCGGCUUGCAACCAAUGUAUUGUGGAUAAUGCUCCUCAGGGCAAGAUUGUCACCAAGGCCUACCUGGAGCCCAAAUUUGCCCAGUUCAUUACCUUCUGCGACAUUAUUGCACCACAACCUGUGGUAAGCGAGAGUCUUGGUCCUCAGUCUCAACAGUCGGGGUCUCCCUCCGUCCAAGUGACAUCGCAGGCGCCGCCAAACACAAACACCAACCCAAGUCCCAUCGCAACACCAACAACCACGCCAUCAUCAUCUUCGCGGGGGUCUUCUUCACGGACCUCGUCGUCUACCGCGCCGUCCUCGACAUCGGGUUCUGGUUCUUCAGAGACCUCAUCAGAAGUAACCUCGUCACCAAUCACGUCGUCCGUGCCGCCGACAACGACAACGGGGUCACCCACUAAUACCACGUCAUCAACCACUUCUACCAGCAGCAUUGUUCACGCUGCGGCCGGCAGACUGGCACCAUCUUCGCUCUUCUCGCUGCUAGUUGCCAUCUUUGCAGCGGCUCUAUUCAUCUAAGCGACGAAGAUGUUGUCAAUUUGCGAAACCUCAUCUACUUGAAUUUUUAUUCGUAAUGCUU